AUGGGAGGAAAGCAGGAUGAGGACGAGGCCUAUGGGAAACCUGCCAAAUAUGACCCCUCCUUUCGAGGCCCCAUCAAAAACAGGAGCUGCACGGAUGUCAUCUGCUGUGUCAUCUUCUUUCUCUUUAUUUUGGGUUAUAUCGUGGUGGGGAUUGUGGCUUGGGUGUAUGGAGACCCCCGGCAAGUGCUCUAUCCCAGGAACUCCACAGGUGCCUACUGCGGGUUGGGGCAGAACAAAGAUAAACCCUAUGUCCUGUACUUCAACAUCUUCAGCUGCAUAGUGGCCAACAACAUCAUCACAGUCGCCCAGAAGGGACUACAGUGCCCUACGCCCCAGGUAUGUGUGUCCUCCUGCCCGGAGGCUGUAUGGACAGUGGAAAAAGAUCAGUUCUCGCUGACAGUCGGAGAGGUCUUCUAUAAAGAAAAAAAGAACUUUUGUCUGCCAGGGGUGCCCGGGAAUAUGACGGUACUCCAAAGCCUGCAACAGGAAUUCUGCCCCAGUUUCCUCCUGCCUUCCACUCCAGCUCUGGGGCGCUGCUUUCCAUUGCCCAAUAGUAACUUUACACUACCUGAAUUCCCCUGGAUCAGCAACACCACCAUUACUCAGGGAAUCAGUGGUCUUCUUGACAGCCUCAAUGCCCGUGACAUCACUGUUAAGAUCUUUGAAGAUUUUGCCCAAUCCUGGUAUUGGAUUCUUGUUGCCCUAGGUGUGGCUCUGAUCCUGAGCCUGCUAUUUAUCCUGCUUCUGCGUCUGGUGGCUGGGCCCCUAGUGCUGGUGCUGAUCCUAGGGGUACUUGGAGUGCUGGCCUAUGGCAUCUACCACUGCUGGGAGGAGUACCGAGUGCUGCGGGACAAGGGCGCCUCUAUCUCCCAGCUGGGUUUCACCACCAACCUCAGUGCCUACCAGAGUGUGAAGGAGACCUGGCUGGCUGCUGUGAUUGUGCUGGCUGUGCUUGAAGGCAUCCUGCUGCUCCUGCUCAUCUUCCUGCGCCAACGGAUUCGCAUCGCCAUUGCCCUCCUGAAGGAGGCCAGCAAGGCUGUGGGUCAGAUGAUGUCAACCAUGUUCUACCCACUGGUCACCUUUGUCCUCCUUGUCAUUUGCAUUGCCUACUGGGCCAUGACUGCUCUAUACCUGGCCACGUCUGGGCAACCCCGGUACGUAUACUGGGUGUCCAAUGUCAGUGCACCCGGCUGUGAGAACGUGCCAGUGAAUACAUCGUGUGACCCCAUGGACCAGUCCAUGAACUACUCCUGCCCAGGGCUGAUGUGCGUCUUCCAGAGCUACGCAUCCACAGGCCUAGCACAACGUUCUCUCUUCAACCUGCAAAUCUAUGGGGUCCUGGGGCUCUUCUGGACCCUUAAUUGGGUACUGGCCCUGGGCCAGUGCGUCUUGGCUGGGGCCUUUGCCUCCUUCUACUGGGCCUUCCACAAGCCCCGGGACAUCCCCACCUUCCCCCUGAGCUCCGCCUUCAUACGCACACUCCGUUACCACACUGGUUCAUUGGCAUUUGGAGCCCUCAUCUUAACCAUUGUGCAGAUAGCUCGAAUCAUCUUGGAGUAUAUCGACCACAAGCUGAGAGGAGCCCAGAACCCUAUUGCCCGCUGUAUCAUGUGCUGCUUCAAGUGUUGCCUCUGGUGUCUGGAAAAGUUCAUCAAGUUCCUGAACCGCAAUGCAUAUAUCAUGAUUGCCAUCUACGGGAAGAAUUUCUGUGUCUCAGCCAAAAAUGCCUUCAUGCUGCUCAUGAGGAACAUUGUCAGGGUGAUUGUCCUGGAUAAAGUCACAGACCUGCUGUUGUUCUUUGGGAAGCUGCUGGUGGUUGGAGGUGUUGGGGUCCUGUCUUUCUUUUUCUUCUCUGGCCGAAUUCAGGGGCUGGGUAAAGACUUCGAAAGCCCCCACCUCAACUACUACUGGCUACCCAUUAUGACCUCCAUCRUGGGGGCCUACGUCAUUGCCAGUGGCUUCUUCAGCGUUUUCAGCAUGUGUGUGGACACRCUCUUCCUCUGUUUUCUGGAAGACCUGGAACGGAACGAUGGCUCCCUGGACCGUCCCUACUACAUGUCCAAGGGCCUCCUCAAGAUUCUGGGCAAGAAGAACCAGGCGCCCCCUGGCGACAAGAAGAGGAAGAAAUGA